GGAGUUUGCCUUGCCUGCGUCCCGGGUUUGCCAAGUGCCGGGUGACCGUGGCGGCAACGACGGGAGCGCGAGAAGAGUGGGGGCCGGCGGGGCAGAGGAGCAUCCCGGCGUCCCGGUCCUAGACGGCGUGGCCCGCGGGUCAUGGCCAAAGGAGAGGGCGCCGAGAGCGGCUCCGCGGCGGGGCUGCUCCCCACCGGCAUCCUCCAAGCCAGUGAACGACCGGCCCAGGUGAAGAAGGAACCAAAGAAGAAACAGCAGUUGUCCAUUUGCAACAAGCUUUGCUAUGCAGUUGGGGGGGCCCCCUACCAGCUCACCGGCUGUGCCCUGGGGUUCUUCCUGCAGAUCUACCUGUUGGAUGUGGCUAAGGUGCACCCGUUCUCUGCUUCCAUUAUUCUGUUUGUGGGCCGAGCCUGGGAUGCUUUCACUGAUCCUCUGGUGGGCUUCUGCAUCAGCAAGUCUUCCUGGACCCGUCUGGGCCGUCUCAUGCCCUGGAUUAUCUUCUCUACUCCUCUGGCUAUCAUCGCCUACUUCCUCAUCUGGUUCGUGCCUGACUUCCCACAGGGGAGGGAAAGUUCUCACAGGUUCCUUUGGUACCUGUUUUUCUAUUGCCUCUUUGAGUCACUGGUCACGUGUUUCCAUGUCCCCUACUCAGCGCUCACCAUGUUCAUCAGCACAGAACAGAGUGAACGGGACUCCGCCACUGCCUAUAGGAUGACUGUGGAGGUGCUUGGCACAGUGAUAGGCACAGCAAUCCAAGGACAAAUUGUGGGCCAAGCCAAUGCGCCUUGUCUCCAGGACCAGAAUGACUCUGCAGUGGCCUCAGAAAGUGGCAAUCGCACACAUAGCACCACCUCCCUCAAAGAAACGCAAAAUGCAUACCUGCUGGCAGCAGGGGUCAUCGCCUCCAUCUACGUUGUCUGUGCGGUCAUCCUGACACUAGGUGUGCGAGAACAGAGAGAACCCUACGAGGCCCAGCAGGCUGAGUCAAUGUCUUUCUUCCGGGGCCUUCGACUAGUCAUGAGUCAUGGCCCAUAUGUCAAGCUCAUUGCCGGCUUCCUCUUCACCUCCCUGGCUUUCAUGCUGGUGGAGGGAAACUUUGCCUUGUUUUGCACCUAUACCUUGGGCUUCCGCAAUGAGUUCCAGAAUCUACUUCUGGCCAUCAUGCUUUCGGCCACAUUUACCAUCCCCAUCUGGCAAUGGUUCCUAACCCGGUUUGGCAAGAAGACAGCUGUAUAUGUUGGGAUCUCAUCAGCGGUUCCUUUUCUCAUCUUGGUGGCUAUCAUGAAGAGUAAUCUUAUCAUCACUUAUGUGGUGGCCAUAGCAGCCGGUAUCAGUGUAGCAGCUGCCUUCUUACUACCCUGGUCCAUGUUGCCUGACGUCAUCGAUGACUUCCACCUGAAGCAGCCCCACACCCCUGGCACUGAGCCCAUCUUCUUCUCUUUCUAUGUCUUCUUCACCAAGUUUGCCUCUGGAGUCUCAUUGGGUAUUUCUACUCUCAGUCUGCACUUUGCUGGGUACCAGACACAGGGCUGCUCCCAGCCAGCACAGGUCAAGUUUACACUGAAGAUGCUGGUGACCAUGGCUCCCAUCGUCCUCAUCCUGCUGGGUCUACUGCUUUUCAAGCUGUAUCCCAUCAAUGAAGAGAAGCGACGGCAGAAUAAGAAGGCCCUGCAGGCUCUUCGAGACGAAGCCAGCAGUUCCGGCUGCUCAGACACAGACUCCACAGAGCUGGCCAGCAUUCUCUAGGAUCUGCUGUGCUUCCUGAAGCCACCACACAGAGGGCCUGGGGCACAUGAGGCACUGGGAUCCGUUAGCCCAUGCGCUAAACAGCCAUUCUUCCUGUGCCAAGACGGGGAUCAAGGACUGGAGGGGAGCGGCCCAGGACAUCUUGCUCACUGAAGGGCUGGCCGCUCUGUAGCCUCUGCCUCCCCACAGCCCACCCUCUGGGUCAAGCCCUAGGGCUGCUACUGUGAAUAUGCCAAGGACUGGUCCGGCCUAGCUCGGAACACUAAUGUAGAAACGUUUUAUACAGAGACUAAUUAAUAACUUAAUGACUUAUGUACAUAGUGAUGUGUGUAUAUGUGUAUGUCUAUGCUAUUAAUGUUAUUAAUUUUCAUAAAAGCUGGAAAAACCGA